GGAGCCAUCUCCGGACUCCCUGACCUCAUCGGGGCCAAAUUGUAUAUAUGUCUCCCUCUCGCAACACCUCGCGAAAGACAGUAUAGGUCGCAGGCAACCUGACCGGCCAUCAUCAUGCGUAUUGCAAUCACUGGAGCCCGCGGCACCGUUGGUCGUGAAGUCGUGAAACUCUGCUCCCAGGCCGGUCACCAUACCGUCCAAAUCAAUCGGAGUGAACAGGAACACGAUGGUACCCAAAAUUCAGAAAUGAGAACAGCCGAUGCCGCAAGCGACUACGAUGCCACGGUCAAAGCUUUCAGCGGCUGUGAAGCCCUUAUACACCUUGCAGCAAUUCCAGAUCCGGUUGACAAGUCGGACAGCCUUGUCCACAAUAACAACGUCAACUCCGCUUUCAAUGGUUUCCGAGCGGCCGCAGAAAAUGGCAUCAAGAAAGUCUGCUAUGCAAGCUCCGUCAAUGCAAUAGGGCUGGCUUAUGCCAAUCAGCCACUGGAGUUUGACUAUUUUCCCAUUGACGAGGACUAUCCCCAGAAACCCACUGAUGCAUACGCGCUUGCCAAAGAAGAAGCCGAAGUGCAGGCCAGAGCUUUUGCACGCUGGUUUCCGGGCAUGAACAUCGCUUUGUUGCGCAUUCACGAAGUUGCCCCUCUCAAGGAUGUCCAGAAAGAGCAUAAGGAGAAUUGGGAUGAGGCAGCGGUCAAGCAGUUGUGGGGUUGGGUAAAUCCUGUUGCCACAGCUCGUGCAUGUAUCAAGGGACUUGAAAGCGAAAAGUUGAAGGGCGCUGAGAUUUUCAACAUCAUUGCACCAUCAACCACCCAAGACACACCCAGCAAAGAGUUGGCUAAGAAGUACUUCCCAAAUGCAAAGAUCAAAAACGACUGGGGCAAUCAUAAUGCAGCAUUCUGGACUACGGACAAGGCUGAGAGAAUAUUGGGAUGGACGCAUGACGAGAAAGAGUAGAAGACCACGACUACUCAAGUAGCCGUGUAUGUGAAGAUGAGAUUAGCGAGGCGUUAUGAUGUCAAUGUGGAAGCCACAAAAGUGAUAGAGAUACUAGUAGUAGGAUACUCUUCUACCGACAGCCACUGUUCGUACAGGAUACGAGGCU